AUGGUCAUGCAGUGGAUAGUGGUGUUGCUUCAUGGCAAGAAGGUUCUGGAUUUGAAUCUGCUGCCCUACAAUAUAGAUUGGAGACCUGUCCAGGGCUUAUAUGGCACAGAUGUUGACAGGAACAUUCUGGAUGCUCUGUAUUUCAACACUACGCAUAUUGGGCAUGGUUUUGCCUUGGCACACCAUCCCCUGGCUAAAGAGCUCUCCAGAAAACUGGGAGUGCCAGUGGAAGUAUGUCCUAUAUCCAACCAGGUGCUGAAGCUGGUCUCAGAUCUGCGAAAUCACCCCGCUGCAGUGUUAAUGUCAGAGGGCCAUCCCAUGGUAGUGAGCUCCGAUGAUCCGGCCUUGCUUGGCACAACUGGACUCACCUAUGAUUUCUAUGAAGUCUUUGUAGGAAUUGGAGGUCUGAGUGCCAAUGUAGGCACGCUGAAGGAGUUGGCAAUGAAUUCAAUCAGGUACAGUUCCUUGCCAGCAGUGCUUAAGGAUAAGGCCAUGGCCUUAUGGCAGCAAAAAUGGAACAAAUUUAUAUCGAAGUAUUCACCAUAGCUACUGAAAGUUGAAGAAAACACUUGAAUGACAUUUUCACACUGAAAAGAAAAAAAAGCAACAACAACCACCAACUCUCUGGUGAAGCCAUAGUUUAUUGGAGUACUGUUGCAGAGAUCCUUUGGCUAUUUGACUAAAUCCUGACCUUCAUGUUUUCUAAAAGUCUCCAUCACAUAGGGCUGGGUGAUAUUGUGAUAAUUUAUGUUACAAUAUGCUUUUCUGAAAUAAAGUGGAACUUGUGGUUUUAUUUUAUAAUAAAAACACAAUUCAAGAACAGAAUUUUAGUG